AUUGUCUUGAAGGCAAAGAGCUAAAGAGUUUGGCUGCACGCUUUAUGUGCUUUUGGAAUACUGCCUUGGAGUUUAUGCUAUUUGUCCUCUAAAAGGGAUUCAUGCUGUCUGGGAGGAGAGUUCAUCGGCGGUUAUAUUGUUGACAUGCUUUGCCCCAACACCUUUCACGCAUAUGACAUACAUUCAUGGUGUUCGUCACAACAAAGCUAAGGCCUGGGAGGACUUUCAUUUGUCAAGGAAUAACUUUGACUCAGGCCGAACAUGGCCAGAGACGUCAGUCCUCUGAACCUCAUGCCUUUGUCUGCAAGGCAUUGGGUUGGAGCCUCUCUGGGGUCCGUCCCCCCCUUCUUCCCCUUACGUUCUCUAAUUUUCUAUUGCUUCCUGUCAUGUGCAGCGGCAGCAGCAGGCAGCUUACCCGGCAUAGAACAUGACUAUGGCAUUAGCCCUAAAUUUGUUUGCACUCCAAUCCCCCCAGAAGCAGACCCCAGUUGCUAUUCUCCACCCAGUGUGCCCCAUGGACCAAGCAGUAACGGACACACUAAUGGCCACAAUGGCAGUAACCGGCGAAACAUGAUGUCCGACGAGGCCAAAGCCACCAUCUUACACCUGCGCGAGAGCCUCGUGAGGCAAAAGGAGACCAUUCUGGACCAGCGGGAGACCAUCAGAGAGCUGACCGCCAAGCUCACUUUGUGCGAGGGCUUCGGUGGUCACCACAGUAUCGGUCACCAUGACAACCACCACGAUAACCACCACGAUAACCAUCACGACAACAACCACGACGACCACCACGGGCAGCAUGGCAGCCAUCAUACGUCAUCGUCGUCGUCGUCGUCACAUCACGGGCCUUCGUCGUAUCACAGCAACGAUCACCACUACUCCCAUGGUGGCCACAGGUCAGACCCCCACCAUAGGAAGGGCUCGUCUUAUGGGAAACACAGCUCCUUCUCCCCUGAACAGACGGGCAAAACACUGCAGACACUUAAGGAGAGGCUGGAGAGCUUGCAGGCCAGGAACUCCUCCAGCUCCUACUCCAGCUCCCUGAGAGAACUCCUCCAGCGGAAGAUCACCGCUCUUGAGGAGCAGCUUCACAGCUACUACAGAGAUCACCGUGACUAUGGUAGCCAUAACGACCACCAUGACGAUCACCAUGAUGAUCACCAUGACGACCACCACGAUGACCACCACGAUGACCACCAUGGAAACGGCCACCAUGACGACCACCACGAUGACCACGGCGGUAGCAGCCAUCAUGUCGACCGCCACGACAGCCACCAUAACAACCACCACGGUGGCCACAGGUACAACCACCGCGGCGGCCACCAUAGUCGCCAUCACGACUACCACUACGACACGCACCACAGCCGGCAUCAUGGUUACUAUGGCAACCACCGCAGCAACCACCACAAUGAUCACCAUGAUGACCACCACGAUGACCAUCACGAUGAUCACCACGGUGACCACCAUAAUGAUCACCACGACGAUCACCACGACUAUCAUCACGGGCCUGGACACUACGAUGACCACCACGAUGACCACCAUGAUAAUCACCAUGGCAGCGACCACCAUGACACCCAUCACGGUACUGAUCAUCACCCACGGCGGCUGCCUUUCAGCAGCAAAGAGACGGGCCCCCGGGGCCCAGGGCACAGCAAGCUGGAAACAGUGCUCACCCAACUGCACCAUGGCAACACUGACCACGGAAAUCACAAGAAGCUAAAGAGUCCCAACGCUUUCCUGCUCGACUUCCCCAUGAGGACUAACUACAUGUACGCCAGGAUGAAGCGGUCGGUGGUCAACGAGAUUUUUGCCCUGACAAUCUGCGUGCGGCUGAAGGGAGGAACGGGCCCUGGUCUUGGUACUCCGUUCUCCUACGCUGUACCUGGACAAGCCAAUGAGUUGGUACUCAUCGAAUGGGGCAGCAACCCCAUGGAGCUGCUCAUCAAUGACAAGGCGGUGACAAUGCCCAUAACUAUGAAAGAUGGGAAAUGGCAUCACGUGUGCGUGACGUGGUCAACGCGCGAUGGUGCCUGGGAGGCCUACCAGGACGGGGUGAAGAAAGGUUCAGGGAAAAACCUCUCAUCCUGGCACCCCAUCAAACCGGGAGGGAUCUUCAUCCUGGGCCAGGAGCAGGACACAAUGGGAGGCCGCUUCGACGUCAACCAGUCCUUCAUGGGAGAGUUGUCUGAUCUCCAGUUCUGGUCCAGAGUCUUGACACCCAGCGAGAUCUACAGCCAGGCGACCUGCGCAGGCCACCUUGAGGGUGAUGUCAUGUCCUGGUCUGAGGAAUCAGUGGAGCUCCACGGAGGGCUCGGCGAGUUCCCCUUUGACCCCUGCCACCAAUGACUGACAACGGACCCCCACCAAAACCCAGAGCUUUAGCACCAUCAGCCCCACAUCAUUUCAGAAAUAGAGAGAUGGAUCGAUUUAUUUCAUUGCUUGCUCUGGUUGUUCAUCAUAUUUGGUCUGCAGAAGUUUAAUAACACAAGCUCAGCCAUGGGCCACAGGCAGAACAAGGAGUUAUUUUGCUUUUUCUUUAUGUGUUUGCCAUUCCUGUUCGAUCUCUCUGCCUUCUCCACCUACUCCCCCACUUCUUCGCUCUGACGCUGUCAGCAGGACGACUUUGAAGGCUCCAAAGAGCGCAGGGCUUUGGAUUUACCGGCUGUGUGAUCAUGACUACGGCCGCUCUGAGAGAUCCAACACACAUAAUAGGAUUUCACUCCAUCAGAACAGGUCCGAAGGUUGCUUGUUGCCAUUAGUUUACCUCCUCUGGCUUGUUUUUGUUCGGUGUGUGAGUAACAUACACAUUUCAGGAGGUGGAGGGAUGGCUGAGAGGCACUGGAUCAUUUACAAAUAAAGUCACAUGGAGACCUGAACCAUGAUGAUUCAUACUCAGCGAUAAAGUACUGACAAUCGA